ACUACAACAUCAUCGUUAGGUUUUUCUUGUGCCUCUCUCUCUCUCUCUCUGCUAAACCCUCCCUUGUCCUCUGUCUCUGCUACGAACCAGAGAGCUCAACAAUGGCGUCGAUUCUCGCAAAGAACCAGAAGAAGAAACAGAACUACACCUUGAAAGAGCUCAAGUCACUAGGCAGCGACCUACUCUCAUCUCGAGCUCACAUCAACAACCUCCCUCUCCUCUCUCCUUCAUCUCCGCCGCAGUUCGUGGUGGAAGCCCUCCUCUCACUCCAGUCCUUCUUCACUCCUCUUCUCUCCCAGCUUCCCUCGACUUCUUCUUCUUCAACGAAACGACCUCGUUCCGAAGAAGACGACGAUGAUACUUCAAACAAGAAGACAGAUGAAGACCCUGAAGUCAUAUUCAAAGCUUGGCUAAGAUCGAAGUUUGACGAGUUCGUGAAGCUUCUACUCGAUGUUCUUGUCUCUCAACAGUCAGAAGACACUCUAAAGGAUAUAGUUUUGGGCACAUUAAUGGAGUUUGUAAAGCUUCUGAAUGCGGGAAGGUUUCACUCUUCCAUCUUCCACAGAAUACUUAAUGCUAUUAUUCACUCUGCAGUUGAUAUUGACGUGUUCUUGGAUAUGCUUACCUCAAAGUACUUCAAUAUGUUCUAUUUUACAUAAAUCAGCAUGGAGAAGUUUGUGAAAACACUUGAAGCAUCAUCAGUUGUGUCUGCUGAUAGAACCGUGAUAGAACAUAGUGAGACUGAGAAUGAAUCAAAAGACAGCCUCGAAUUCUCUAUUCGCAAGAUCUAUCAAGUUUUAUCUCGAAUUCCACCACCUCAGAAACAAGCUGAAAAGUCCGACCACGAGAUGUGGAGUGUUUCAGAUGAAAGUAGUAGUAGUGAGAAACCGAAAGAUAAGAAGAAAAAGAAUAAAGAUCAAGACAGCAGUCUUCUAUCUCCGACUACAAUUGCCAAGCGGAUGAAGCUGAAGUUCACAAAAGCAUGGAUCUCAUUUCUCAGACUGCCACUUCCCCUUGACGUUUACAAGGAGGUUCUUGCUAGUAUUCACCAGACAGUCAUUCCCCAUCUGUCUAAUCCUGCAAUGUUAUGCGACUUCCUAAAAAAGUCAUAUGAUAUCGGGGGAGUUGUCAGUGUGAUGGCUCUAAGCAGCCUUUUCAUCCUCAUGACGGAACACGGUUUGGAAUAUCCCAACUUUUAUGAAAAGCUCUAUGCGUUACUGGUCCCUUCGGUCUUUGUGGCUAAGCACCGAGCAAGAUUUCUUCAGCUUCUUGAUGCUUGCCUUAGGUCAUCAUUGCUUCCAGCAUAUUUGGCAGCUUCAUUCGCAAAGAAACUAAGCAGAUUGUCACUUUCUGUUCCUCCUUCGGGAUCGUUGGUCAUUACGGCUCUAAUCUACAAUCAACCAUCUUGUGCAUCAGGUAUAGCCUUCGUGAGUGCUUGAAAAUGCAACAAAAAUCAUGUUUAUAAAAGCAUGGUAAUUUUUGUGCAGGAAACAGUUGAAACCGCCAACGAAGCCAAUUCAGAGGCUGACGAACCCAAUGAGUGCCGACCAAAGACCAACAAAAAUCUUGGUAUUGACUAUUUCAACAACCAGGAAAGCGAUCUCAAGAAAACUGGUGCCAUGAGGAGUUCCCUUUGGGAGAUUGACACUUUGCGUCACCAUUACUGCCCACCAGUCUCAAGGUGUGUUUCAUCGCUGGAAACUGAUCUAACCGUCAGAGCGAAAACCACCGAAAUGAAAAUAGAAGAUUUCAGCUCUGGUUCAUAUGCCACCAUCUUCGGAGACGAGAUUCGGAGAAGGGUAAAACAAGUUCCAUUAGCCUUCUACAAAGCGGUUCCAACAUCUCUGUUUGAGGAUUCAGAUUUUCCAGGGUGGACAUUCACCAUUCCUCAAGAGGAGGGAAAAUGCUGAGUGAUUUCUAAAGAGUAGCCAACUCAUGAGCUAAAAAAACACUGCAGGUAUUAGAAGAUUUGUGAUACCAAGUUUUGUAGUUUGGAUCGUUCAGAUAUAGUUUUUUGUUUUUUUGGUUUUGAUACUGAAUGUGUUUUUAGGCGUACACCCACACAAUAGACCAUACAUUUGUCUCUGGUCGAUUUGUCACUCGUGGAAUACUUUUAAGUUCACUAAUCGCAGUGCGUUGAUGAUA